AAACACCAAACAGAAAAAAAAGUCUUCAAUUAGGGUUCAUCAUCUCAUUUCCAGCAAAAGGUGAACAGAUUCAUGAAGCAAAUAAACAGGCAAAUCUAUGAUCUUUCAUUCAUUUCUCAAGAAAUACAUACGAUCUUGAACAUUAAAUGAAAAAUACAAAGAGAAAGAAAUCAACAAACAAAGCAACACCCACGGCGAAAUUCUUCUAGGAAAAGCAGAUCCAGAUCUGAUGGGAGGGAUCCCACCCACGAGACCAGGCUCCCAUCGUCCCCUUCACCACCGUUCCUAGAGAACUCCUCUGUUCAAAGAAAUUACCUACACAAAGUAGACUCAAUUCUUCCAGCAGAACAAUUUUUCCUUUUCCCCGCCGUCAACACCAAACUCACCCAAAAAAAAAAGACCUCCCUCUGCUAACCUAAAACCCUCUAUUUAUACCCAAGCAAAAUGGCAGAGAUCCCUUUUUUUUUUCUAGCAUUCCAAUCCUACCCCUUUUUUGUUUGUUUCUUGAGCAGGCACGGGCCGGGCUGGUGCAGGGGAUUGCAGCCCGCAGGGGACGUGACGCAAGGCCGAUGCAGGGCGCCAGGUUGCUGCAGACGCGCAGGGGCGCAAAGAGGAAAGUGCAGGGCUGGUGCAGGGCCUGUGCAGGGGCGCAGGCUGAUGCAAGGCCGGUGCAGGGGCUGGUGCAGCGGAUUGCAGCAAGCAGGGUCGCGUGCUCGGUGCAGCAAGCAAGGUCAACGGCGCAGAGCAAAGGGGAUCUGGGCGCGGGCUCGGUGCAGGCGGAGGGACAAGGCGCAGCAGAGGGUGCAGGGCAGGGGGCAUGGGCGCAGGCUGGUGCAGGACGUGGACGUGGGCGCAGGCUGGUGCAGGCGCGCAGGGCAGGAGAUCUUUCCCCUUUUCUGUUUUUCUGCUCUGCAGCCCUCUUCCUUCUUCUUGGCAUGUUGCCGGUUUUGGACGAGAGAGAAGGCUAGGGUUGGUUUUUGAAGGAGAUUUCGUCCGUCCCCCCAUUUUUUUUUUUUUUUUAAGUGGGUUUUGGGUAGUGGGUUGGGUUUUUGAUGGUUUUUGGGUUUGGGUUUGAGUUAAAUGGGUAUUGGGAUUUUGGGCUUGGGUUUGAUGGGUUUUGGGUUUGGGUUUGUAAAUUCAUUUUGAUGAACUUCACCCCUUCAACUUUUAAUUUCUUCAAUUCAGUCCCUUCUUUCUUCUUCUUGAAUUUUCCAAUUUCUUUUUGCAUGUAGCACCUGAAACAAAAUAAAGAUAUAUUAGUCAA